AUGAACUCACAGUAUAGGAAUGAUCUGUCUUCCUCACGCACCACAGAUCAGACGGUGGGAUCGAUUUCCUUUCUACAGCGAAAAACAGAACACAGCUCGUUUGACGACAAAUUUCAAAUCCAGAGCCCGUCCAAAAAGAAACUGUUUUCAUCCCCUUGGACUCGUCAUCUCGGCGUAGCAAUCACCUUCCUCGCAGCAGCGUACCUUCUACUUGUUUGUUUUCAUUUCAUAGAAGCUAGAAAGCUUUCGGCUCCACAAAUUCGUUCCCUUGCAGACCGUCAUGAUAGAUCAUGUGAUUGGGACAGUGCUGCAGACGACGGCGACGAUAGGUCUAGGCAGGGAAGGGGGCAGCAGCUGUCAGAGGAAGGUUUAUCUCUGUCGCAACAUGAGGCUCAUGGAGGGCACGAGGCUGAAGCAUCAGGGCCUGGAGAAGUUGAUGUUGUGGCGUCUACUGGAGAGGGGGCAACUGGGACCAGGUUGGGUUAUUGGUCACAGGAACUUGCACGGUACCAUGUGAGGGAAUGGUCCUGCCGAAAGCUACCUGAGCCGGUACAGCGUAGCCUAGUGGAUAUGUUCGCGCGAAUGGUGAGAGCUGCAAGGUUGUGCCAAUCAUUGCUGCCAAUGCUAACGUCCGCACAGCGACUGCAACUGACAUAUCAAUUGAUGCGACUGAUUGCACUGGAUUUGGGAGCCAUUUCUUUAGUGAGGGAGGACAUAGAGCCUGCAAGGCAAAGCGUGGGGGACUCUCUCAUUAGUUUGGGUCUUAAAUGUCUUGAGAUAAGCGGCGUGGACCCAACUAAUGAAACACAGCGCGCAUCAAUUCGCCAACUGAUUGGUUUAGUUGAAAAACUUAAGCAGAAUCGGCCUCUUGAAGAAGAUUUUGGUCCUGUCACGUACAGAAUUAAAAUGGCAAACGCAAUGGGCACUGCUGGCGUGGUAUUAAAGUACUGUUUGGGAGUUCUGGACAGACUGCACCGACGGAGCUACGGACAGCAGCCAGCGCUACCAGAAGCUGUAUUUCAGCAGCAGCUCGAUGUUAUGAAGGCACUUUACCGUGUACAUUCGGAACACCUAGCUAGAGAUGCUGAAGUUUGCGCGUAUAUCAUGAGGACCCAGGAGCAAACCGGCAUACAUGCGCUUUUGGAUAGCCAGCAUGCAGCCCUGAGCAAUAGUCCAAUUUUGAAAUUAGUGGAAAUGAAAAAUAAAAUAAAAGAAGCCGUACAUAGCGCCGGUGGGCUCCUGAAAUUUCAGCCGCCGACACCGCUACGCCCGGAAAAGCUACGGGACCACAGUGUUAGCAGCGUGUUCGCGGGAGACAGUGAACCGACAAAUGUUAAUCCCGAAGCACCGCAUGGAAUGUUGGCUCAACAAACGCUGCACAAAGGAUUUGCCGAAGAGCCCGGACGAGCUUUCAACUCAGCAGCCUUUUCAUCCAGCGAAUACAUGCACGGAGGCACGGCAUUCCCUCCUCCUGCAGUUCCACAGUGGUCACCUGGCCAGCCGUCUCACCAAGGCGCCGAACCAGAUGCGCAGCCUCUACCGCAACUUGAAAGCCAACCUCUAGACCAUCAACCAGAUUGGGUCUUGUCAAGGACUCUUGGGAACUCACCAAGCUCUUGGGUGCCUUGGCUGCACGCAGUACACCAACCGUUUCAAGGCCCAGAACACCAUCAUCCUCGGGAGCCUUCUUUCCCAGCGCGUUCCGUUGAUCCUGUCGCUCCUCAGUUUGCUCAUGGGGGAUUUUCUGUGGGCCCCGUCGGGCGACCCGCACCCGCUGGAGGCGAUACUGAACGUUUUUUGGCGCCCACUACACAGCUGCUACAACGGAAUCAAGUUGAGUCAUCUGCCAGGCUCCAGUCUCCAGCUGCAGUCCCUCAAACACGCGAGUACAGCCUCUUCGGGGAACAGGGUACUUUUCCCUGGUCACCCUUUUCACUAAUGUCAGCCACAUCUGUCGAACAACAAGCGACUGCAGGCCGUGGCUGGGUGGGCGCUCAAUUUCAAGGCAUGCAUGACCCUAGUACGGAUGACUUGGACGAAUCAGAGAGCAGGCAGCGGCGUGGACGCUUGGAGUUUGGUCACCAAUAA